UUUUAUUUUGUAGGUUGCGUAGCGGAAGUGGGGCCACCACGUGUUCCUGCAGCUACAACAGCACGGAGCAAAAAAGGAAAAUACGAGGCCAUUCGGUCAGUUGUUGAAUCUGCACUUUUGUUGGCCCGUAACCAUGACAACGGACUCCUCACUCCUCAACUCCGAGCUGGAGUUACAGCAGGAAGAGGAGCUCUAUCAGCAGCUGCUGUUGCAGACAAUGGGAAAGAUGCAGACUGACAAUCCAGACUCCAAAGUAAUCCGACCACUGCCAGGCAUGUGUGUGAAAACUCUCUCGGAGCCAAGCAAGCAGAAGGUCUUCAUCAACAUCUGUCAGUCCAACUCGGUACCGCUGCCACCAGAAAUCUCCAGAGAGGAGCUGGUGCAGCUGCUUCAAUCAGAAGACCCCAGCGGCUACAGGGUCCCGAUGAGCAUCGGCGAGCCCCACACCGAAAUAGACAACAACUCUCAUGGUUGCACAGCAUAUGAUGUGGUCGUCAACCAGGAGUUCUUCCACAAGUGCCAGGAGGAUGCCCUGUUCCAGCAGUUCAUAAUAUUGGUUUCUUUAGAGGGUUUGGAGAAUAAACACAAUCUGGAGCUAAGUAGAGACUGGAAGGUUUUGAAGAACCGGAAGUUCUUGGGCUCUGUCAGUGAGCAGAACAUUCGGACCAAGAGCAGGCCGGUGAUUCAAGAGCUGCAACCUCAGGAGAAUUUAACUGAGAAGGACAAAAGACCAGAGUUCACGUUGCUGGUGGAGCCCCCUGCAGGUGACCCCAAGUACCUUAUUGCAGAAAUCAAGCUGCCUGGAGUGUCGUCGUCUCGCUCUCUGCUUCUGGACCUCGGAGAGGACCGACUGGUGUUGACAGCUCGGCCCUCACUCUUCUUUCUGGACGUCUUCCUCCCCUUCACGGUGGACCAGGAGAACAGCGUGGCACAGUACAACAGCAGCACGCAGAUCCUUAAAGUCACAGUGCCUGUGGUGUCCUCGUGAAAUGAAGAGAGUAAUGCCCUGUUAUCUUUUGUUAAAAAUAAUGAUGCUGUGAUAAUAAAUGCUUAUUUGUUUUAAUAUGU